AUGCGGCGGGCGCUGAGCUGCGACCUCGAGGGGGAGGACGCUCAGAACGGCCCCGUCGAGGAGGAAACGCGGACCUACGCCGCUCCCGAGGCGCUCUAUGGCUCCGCCCCCAGCCCCCCCACUCCGCCCCCCCCCGGGCCCGGUACUGGGGUGAGGGGGGGAAUACCCCAAUGUUGGGGUCCCCCCCCCACUGUGGGGGUCCCCAAUGGGGCAGAGGGGUCCCAACGGCCUCUGUGCAGGCGGCGCUCGGAUGGGGGGGUCCAGGAGGAGCCGCCCCCCCUUGCAGAGGACGCAGAGGAGCCGGGGGGGGACCCUGGGGCCGGCAGCCAUGAGGAGGACUUGGAGGGCUCAGCCCCACGGCGCCGGGCCAGGGACAGGCUAUGGGGGCCCACAGAGGGGCCGCGGGGGGGGUCCCUGCCAUUGCCCCCCCGGCACUUCGCCCUCCACAGCGAAGGGCAGCAGCUCAAGAGGCGCCGGCUCCUCCCGCCCACCCCUGCAGGGAGGAAGCCGUCCUUCACCAUCCAGUGCCUGCGGCGCCAGGGGAGCUGUGAGGAUGAGCCCAUCCCGGGGACCUACAACCCUGCCCGGCCCCAGGGCUCCGGUAGCUCCGAGACCUGGCGCCGCGGCUCCUCGCACGCCUGGGGCACAGCGCCCCCCCGUGGCCACGUCCUGUACGCGCCGCUGCUCCUGGUGGAGGAACCGGGGGCCGGGGGGAGCCUCCCCCCCUUAUCCCGAUGGAUCCUGCGGGACCGAGGCGAUCCCGACCCCGGAGGGCUCCGCUUGCGGCCCCGCGGCUCUGCCGACAGCCUGGUGGAGGCGGUCCUCAUCUCGGAGGGGUUGGGGCUCUUCGCCCGGGACCCCAAGUUCGUGGCCGUGGCCAAGCGCGAGCUCGCUGACGCAUGCGCGAUGACGCUGGACGAGCUGGACAGCGCAGCCGCGGAUCUGCUCACGCGGCGCCGCCCCCCCCCGCCCCCACCCCUCUACAGCGACGAGGAGGCCCCGCGGGGGGGAGGGGCCGAGGAGGAGCUCGGGGACGAGAUGGUUUGUGCGGGGGCGGGAGAAACUGACCUCAAAAAAGGUGAAUUUCACCUUGAAAAAGUGGGCUUUUACCCCAAAAAGGACGUUUUUACCCCCAAAAAGGCGGUUUUUUACCCCACGGAGGCGGAGGGGCGGAGGACGCGCUUUAACCCCGCCCCUCGCCGCCCUCCCAUUGGUGGAGUUCGCAACCAAUAG